CAAUUAAAAACAACUAAAUGUUAAUUCUUGAUGGCGCCAGUGAUGUAACCUAAAAGAGGCGGUUGAACUGUGUUUUCAAAAUCUUGUGUAAUUUUUAAUGAAAAUAAUGAUUAGUGAGCGGUGCUAUGGCCACUCGCCUCCUGCACUCUCCAGCCAACACAUGCUUCUUUGUUAUGGCACGUAAGCUUGCUUCAGCAUGGAUGGAUUUACCUCUCCAAACCAGCAUAACGUGGCCCAAUGAAAAUAGAAGUGUUCGUUGGAGAGUGCAAAUGGCGAGUGUUCCUAGCAUUGCUCAUAAUUAGUUACAAACAACUGUAAAUAAAUAAAUUAAAAUAUAGGUUUGAAGAUAACCAUACCAAGCAACUUUUGUGUUGUUACUAUUACUCAACAAGAAAGAAAAAAGAUACCAUUGCCAGGUCGACUAUGGACAUUGGCUUC